GCUUGAGUAUUUUAAUGUUUUGUGCGAUAAGUGUGUACGAUAAGAACCUUCUUCUCCCGUGCGUUUCGGGCGAACUGAUUUACCGAAAGACUUUGAACAGCUUAAUCAGCAGCAAUAAAACGAAUCCAACAGAAAUAAAGCUUCCCAUUGGAAAAUGUGACCGUCCCGCUGGUCGGCUCACUGGCAACGCGGAAUCAAUUCAGCCUACAGCUGCUAAAGUGACCGGGCUCCGUAUUGUUUCGCUUCCAUCGCAUCCCGUUCGCGGAGUUGUGUGUGUGUGUAAUUUUAUCUCCUUGUUUGGGGAUUUCUCAUCGCGAAACAAAAUGCUAUCGACGAACUAAUAACGAACAGGGAGGCCGUGCUAGUUUGCAACGAAAAAAAAAAAGAAACACCGUCCGCAGUGAGGACCGGAAAGGGCUCGCAAAUUGCGCACCGUUCAUCUCGUCCCGCCAUCCCGUAGGAUGAAUGUUGAACUGCGCGAUUUCGAGAUUAGUGAUUCGGAAACUGAGCUGCUCAUUGAACCAGCCGCAACGCGAGCCAAUCGACUAAACGGCCGUUCGUUUCGCAAUCGUCGCCAAGAAUCGUUCAAGCUGGGUUCGUUCCUGAAGAAACUGUGCUGCUGCUGGUGUUGGGCAUGGCGAAAAUGGUGCGCCUCGAAGGAACUGAAACCCCGCACGAUCUAUAUCGGGCGGCCACUGACAGAAAAGUUCCCACCGAACGAGAUCCGGAACCAGAAGUACAACAUCUUCACCUUUCUGCCGCUGGUGCUGUUCGAGCAGUUCCGGUUCUUUCUCAACCUGUACUUUCUCAUCAUGGCGGUUAGCCAGUUCAUACCGGAGAUUCGAAUCGGGUACCUUUACACGUACUGGGGCCCCCUUGGCUUCGUACUGGCGGUAACGAUCUGUCGCGAGGCGGUCGAUGAUCUUCGACGGCACAAGCGUGACCGGGAGGUUAACUCACAGAAGUACAAGCGGUUCGUAAGUGCGGACAAGCCACCGGAAUCCGUUUCCUCGUCGAAGCUGAAAGUCGGAGACAUUAUUAUGGUGGAGAAGGAUGAACGUGUACCGGCCGAUUUGAUCCUGCUACGAACGAGCGAUAAGAGUGGAGCCGUUUUCGUGCGUACGGAUAUGUUGGAUGGGGAGACGGAUUGGAAGCUGCGGCUGGCCGUCCCGGCUACCCAGAAGCUUGCUUCCCAUGGUGAUUUGCUGACGGUCAAUGCGUCGCUUUACGUGGAGAAACCGCAGAGAGACAUUCAUACGUUCAUCGGGACUUAUUCGAAGCUCGGAGGAACAGAAGACGAAGGACUGAACGUAGAGAACACUCUCUGGGCCAACACGGUCGUUGCGUCCGGCACGGCGGUCGGCAUCGUCAUCUACACCGGCGGUGAAACGCGCAGCGUCAUGAACAACUCUCAGCCCCGCUCGAAGGUCGGUCUGCUCGAUCUGGAAAUUAACAAUCUCACAAAGGUGCUGUUCUGUGCCGUCAUUGGGCUUUCCUUUGCCAUGAUGUGCCUGAAGGGCUUUAACGGUCCCUGGUAUCGGUACAUGUUCCGGUUCGUGCUGCUGUUUUCCUACAUCAUCCCGAUCAGUCUGCGCGUCAACCUGGACAUGGGUAAAGCGUUCUACUCGUGGCAGAUCCAGAAUGACGAUGAAAUCAAGGGGACGGUCGUGCGCUCUACUACCAUCCCGGAGGAGCUGGGUCGCAUGUCGUACCUGCUGACGGAUAAGACCGGCACGCUCACACAGAACGAGAUGAUUUUUAAGAAGAUUCACGUCGGAACGGCUGCUUACGGGCGGGACACGUUCCCGAUGGUGUCGGCCGCCAUUCAAUCGGUUUACGGCACACUUUCCGCACCGGCCGACGCCUCACCCGACGAUCACGGUUCGGAAUAUCAACCGCGGCUGCGCAAACCGGACGGCUGGCGUAUCUGGGAAUCGGUAAAAGCGCUCGCCCUCUGUCACAACGUUACACCGGUUUACGAAAGCAGCAGCGGGAACGGGGGGAGCAGCUCGCUAUCUUCCACCUCCGGUGCGGAACGUCGACAAUCGCCAUCCCGAUCGAUAUCGGUCGAAAGUCAGGCAGGCGAACCAUCGACCAGCAAGCAAACCGCCACGGAGAAAACCUACCAAGCAUCGAGCCCGGAUGAGAUUGCGCUGGUGAAAUGGACAGAAUCGGUUGGGCUAACGCUCGUCCAGCGCGAUCUUAACCAUAUGACGCUACAGAUUCGCGAUGCAACGCGCGAAAGCGGUGGCGCGCGUGGGACAAGCAUGCACGAGAACGCGUCCAUCAACACGACCGUUACGAACCUGUCGGUCAACUCCAAAACCGACCUUAACUCACCGUCGAGCGGUGGUAGCGUGACAUCGCUCAACUCGAUCAUUGCGGCCGGCGCGCCCGGGCUGAUGAAGUACCAAAUACUGCAAACCUUCCCGUUCACGAGCGAAAACAAGCGAAUGGGCAUCAUCGUGCGCGAGCUGAACGGGGGCGAAAUUACGUUCUACCUGAAGGGAGCCGACGUCGUGAUGUCCGGCAUCGUGCAAUACAACGACUGGCUGGCGGAGGAGAGCGGCAACAUGGCGCGGGAAGGUCUGCGGACGCUGGUGGUCGCGAAGAAGGUGCUUUCCGAAGAGCAGUACAACGAUUUCGUGAUGCGUUACAAUGCGGCUAAGGUGAGCGUUACGGACCGCGUUACGAAGGUGGCGGCCGUUAUCGAGAGCCUCGAGCGUGAGAUGGAGCUGCUCUGCUUGACCGGGGUGGAGGACCGGCUGCAGGAGCGUGUGCGCCCAACGCUGGAGCUGUUGCGCAAUGCGGGCAUUAAGAUUUGGAUGCUGACCGGCGAUAAGCUGGAAACGGCGACCUGUAUCGCGAAGUCGUCGCAUCUCGUCGGCCGCAACCAGAGCAUACACGUGCUGAAGAGCGUGCUUACCCGCACGGACGCCCAUCUCGAGCUGAACCAGUUCCGGCGCAAGCAGGACUGUGCGUUGGUCGUGUCGGGCGAAAGUCUCGAGGUGUGCCUGCAGUACUAUCAGCCCGAAUUUAUGGAGCUGGCCACGGCCUGUCCGGCCGUUGUGUGCUGUCGUUGCAGUCCCACGCAAAAGGCGCAAGUCGUGUCGCUCAUUCAAAAGUAUUCCAAAAAGCGUACGUGUGCCGUUGGCGAUGGUGGGAACGAUGUGAGCAUGAUCCAGCAAGCGGAUGCCGGCAUUGGGAUCGAGGGGCGCGAAGGAAAGCAAGCGUCCCUGGCAGGAGACUUUAGUAUACCGCAGUUUUCGCACAUUGCGCGGCUGUUGAUCGUGCACGGUAGAAGAUCGUACAAGCGGUCGGCCGCCCUGUCGCAGUUUGUCAUCCACCGUGGACUGAUCAUAUCGACGAUGCAGGCCGUCUUUUCGGCCGUUUUCUAUCUUUCGUCGGUCGCACUUUAUCAGGGCUUUCUGAUGGUUGGGUACGCGACCCUCUACACCAUGUUCCCGGUGUUUUCGCUCGUACUGGAUCAGGACAUUAGUGCGAACAUAGCGAUCACGUAUCCGGAGCUGUACAAGGAGCUGUCGAAGGGUCGCAGCCUGAGCUACAAAACGUUCUUCAUGUGGGUGCUGAUCAGCAUCUAUCAAGGCGGUGUGAUCAUGUACGGUGCGCUGAUUCUGUUUGAGGACGAAUUUAUUCAUAUCGUGGCGAUCAGCUUUUCGGCCCUGAUCCUAACGGAGCUGAUAAUGGUUGCGCUCACCAUUCGUACGUGGCACAAACUAAUGGUUAUAGCGGAACUGUUCAGCUUGGUGCUUUACAUCGUAUCUCUCGCCGUACUGCACGAAUAUUUCGACUGGGAGUUCAUCUGGUCGUGGGACUUCCUGUGGAAGGUGCUGGUCAUCACGCUCGUCUCCUGUCUUCCGCUGUACAUUCUAAAAUUCCUGCGCAAAAAGUUCUCACCACCAUCGUACUCGAAGCUCUCGUAAACAAGUGCAGUCCACGGUUCGUCAGUUUUAAUUAUUUAUUCCUUCCUCGCUGCCAACGAACGGGAGCACAUUAUAGUUUUAGACCUUAUAAACUACAUUCAUUAUGUGCUAGCUCCCGAAUGGGUUUCUCCUGCUUUAUUGCCUCAAAGUAUUGUAGCUUUGAAUUUUUUUGGGAAACGUGCGUUAUUGUGUUUUGUUUUCGCCUCGGUUUUCUGUUUUAAUGUAUACUUCCGAUCGUGAUAUUUUCCCUGUGAACCACUCCAAUCGCGUUGGUCUAACAUUACCACAUCUCACUCACCUUUAGGGAUGGAAACGAGAGCAGAAGAGAUAAGGAAAAACACACAGUGAGUGAGAAAAAUCGUAGAUGAGUUUAUUUAAAACAGCGCAGCGAAACGGUACAUAAAACUGAGUACUAUAACUUGUUACAAAAACAAAACAAAACACGGUGUCUAUAAAACGAAUAUCAAAUGCCUUCUUCGGCAGCCGGACGUGUGUAAAGUGAUUGCGCACCCCGUUCCUCGGAGAGCAAGUUUUAAAUAAGUAAUAAUUCAAAUUUAGAGCGUUCAUUUGUUACUAAACAAAAAAGGAACCAACAACAUAAAACUCAGAUAUACACGCACAGAGACACGUUCAGGCACUCACACACACCGACAGUACCAGCAGCAUUAACAAAGAAACUGUGAACCAACAUUAUCCAACCACACGGGAGAACGCAAGGAAAGAGCAGGAAACCAAGUAAAUGGACUAAUUAAACUAAUAAAUUUAAUAACAAAA